AUGACGGGCGCAGCCCCCAUCAAGGCCGACACUUCGAUGCAGGAUGCACCGUCAGAUGCUCUUGCGAAGCCUCUCACUAACCGAAAACGUCAUUUCAAGCAUUUUGAAAUCGCGAGAUUGAGCUUUUAUAUCGCUGGAAUUCAAGAUGUCAGCACAAGCAAAGACAUAGAUGCGGCAAUGCAGCUUUGGCGGGCAUGUGUUAAUGAAACCAUUAAGGAAAAUAAAGAUUUUGCCUGGGUGGCAUAUUGUGGUGGACCCGGACGUAAAAUGGACCCGCACUCGCAGUACAUCGAAAUCUCGAUUUUGUUUGCAACUUUGCAGGCCAGGAAGUAUGGAAAGCGUUGGACCUCUUCCGAAUUGCAAGGUGCCGAGACACUUCCUGCUCAAACACAGCUUUUUGAUAGAUCAGCCGAUCGAGAGAGCUGUCGGAACAGCCACGAAUCUCCAGCACGUCUCAUAUUGAUCUGUGAAAUCUCAUUCUUCCGCUGGCAAAAGGAAAUCGACGUCGCCAACUCCUGGCGAGUCCCGGAUUGA